AUGGAUAAAACCCCAGAGGCUACUACGGCUCCGGCUGUGCCUCAUGACCCUGUGUUGGAUCCAGAGCACCAACAUCACCACACCCAUCAGCACCAUACUACUUUCGCCGAAGAAGGUCGUACAGAUGAAGUCGUCUACUCCAACGAUGUUCAAUUCGAGAAAGGUGUAGUCCCCGAGCCAACACCACUUGAUCACGGCAGCAAAUCCAGCUCAAGAGACGAGGAAGCUGGUGAGAACUAUCCCCAGCGAACAUGGUAUCGGCGCGCGAUGAAGCAAUGGAGACACGCUGUACAUGCAUUGGUUUUUAUUCUAUUUACCGGCUGGUGGAUUGCUGGUCUCAUUCUGCAUCGAUAUGACCUUGGAUGGCUCAUCCCAUUCCUCCUAUGGCUCGCCAUCACCCUGCGUCUUAUAUUUUUCUAUAUCCCUAUCACCAUCGUGACGAAGCCUAUGAACUUUGUAUGGGCACACACUGCCCGUGUGGUCGUGCGUGCCAUCCCAGACAGGUUGAGGACGCCCGCAGGCGCCCUGGUAUGCAUUGCAGUAAUCAUCAUCGGAGCAUUCGCCUCCCCAGAAUCCGAAGAUAACACACGAGCCAGCCGUGCCGUCAGUCUCUUCGGUAUGGUCGUCUUCAUCUUCGGUCUGUGGCUCACAUCCCGCAACCGCAAGAAGAUCGUCUGGCACACCGUCAUCGUCGGCAUGCUGUCGCAGUUCAUCGUUGCCCUCUUCGUGCUCCGCUCCGGCGCAGGUUACGACAUCUUCAACUUCAUCUCCGAGCUAGCUCGUGACCUCCUCGGCUUCGCUAUUGACGGUGUAACCUUCCUAACCAGCGAUGAAUUCUACGCCACCACGAAGCCCUUUGCCCCUGCAAACUUCUUCCUGAUCAGCGUUAUCCCGGCCAUCAUCUUCUUCGUAUCCAUCGUCCAGCUCUUAUACUACACUAGUAUCCUGCAAUGGUUCAUCGGCAAAUUCGCCGUCUUCUUCUUCUGGAGCAUGCGUGUCUCCGGCGCCGAAGCCGUCGUCGCUGCCGCAUCACCCUUCAUCGGCCAAGGUGAAUCAGCAAUGCUCAUCCGCCCCUUCAUCGCCCACCUCACAAUGGCCGAACUGCACCAAGUCAUGUGCUCGGGUUUCGCUACAAUCGCCGGAAGUGUCUUGAUCGCCUAUAUCAGCAUGGGCGUCAACCCUCAAGCCCUAGUCAGCUCGUGUGUCAUGAGUAUCCCCGCCUCCCUGGCCGUGUCGAAGCUGCGUUGGCCGGAAGAAGAAGAAACCCUCACAGCGGGUCGUGUCGUCGUCCCCGAUAACGAAGAGCACAAGUCCUCCAACGCCCUGCACGCUUUCUCCAGUGGUGCCUGGCUCGGUCUGAAGAUCGCUGCUAUGAUCGGCGCCACCCUGCUCUGUAUCAUCUCCCUGGUCGGUCUGGUCAACGGCCUUCUCACCUGGUGGGGCAGGUAUCUAAAUAUCAACGACCCCCCUCUGACCCUGGAAUUGAUCGUCGGAUACAUCUGCUACCCGAUUGCCUUCCUGCUGGGUGUUUCCCGUAACGGGGAUCUCCUCAAAGUCGGCCAGUUGAUUGGUCUAAAGCUCGUUACCAACGAAUUUGUCGCCUACAACGCCCUCCAGAAUGACGAAGCCUAUGCUAAUCUCACUGACCGCUCCCGUCUUAUUGCUACUUAUGCGCUCUGCGGUUUCGCUAAUAUCGGAUCACUGGGUAACCAAAUUGGUGUGCUGGCGCAGAUCUCGCCUGGUCGUGGUGGUGAUGUGUCGCGUGUCGCGUUUAGUGCUAUGAUCACCGGUGCUAUUAGUACUUUUACUAGUGCUACUAUUGCUGGUCUGCUUAUCACUAAUGAAAAGCAGUAUUUCACUACUACUUAA